UAUAUUAUAUGUAGAUAUUGCGAUUCAUUUGGUCUUUUGAUCUAGUGCAUUGUGAGGGUCAAGGACGGUCAAGGGUCUUUCGCUGUGCCAGACCCCUACAUUCGUUGCCGCUUGUAAACAACCUCUGCAUACUCUAAUGAUAUUGUUCUUUUGUCCGUGUCGCAGAACUUGUUAGAUUUGUAUGUCCCAUGUGAGGCAAACAGAUUUACUUUCAAUGUCCAGGACAGGGUUGAUUCCAUGAGACCCGUGACAGUCAGGGGAGGGUCAAGUCAGGGCAUUGAACCUCCGAGAGGUUGGUGACGUGUUUGAAUUGAAAAUAGAUCCCUCCCAUGGAGGAAGUGCCUGCACCAUUGACAUCUAUGCCUUCAAUGACAAUCGUUGCGACUGCCCUGGGACCUGUGCAGAUGAAGAAGCAUGGACCUGCGAGAGUUGUGAGCAGUACGGCUACGGCUGCCCAGCAGAGCAGAGUUGCGGAAUUGGAAAUGAUUGUGACAGGAGAAUCAGAUUCUGUCCAGAUCACCCCAACUGCGAGAUUGCAGGCUAUCAGGUCAACAACAACAUUUGCGACUGUCCAAGGUGCGAGGAUGAAGCGCAUUGGAAUUGUGAUACUUGCACAGGUGGGUGUCCGAAGACCUGUGGUGCCAGCGCUGGCACCUUCUGUCCAGUGCAUGCGCUUCGGGAGACCACCCAGUUGCAAUGCCCUGGGAAAGCUUGUGCAAUCACUGCAGCCCAGCUGUUUGACGAUCGAUGUGACUGUCCUGGGACCUGCGCUGAUGAAUACAACUCACAAUGCCAGUGCAGCUUCGGUGUAUGCCCCGCAGAAUGUGGCGACAUCGUUCCAUCCUGCAGCACUCUGGCAGUGGCAUCCUUUUCCUCCGAUUGGACUCAGCGUAGGCGCAGAAUGACCAGAGCUGGAAACGAAACCCACCUGAUGAUGGGCCGCGGUGGAAUUAUCGCCGCCAUCAUGGACUUCACCUUGGCCAUCCAACAAGCCAUGAGAGAAACGUUUAAAUCUAUAGACUGGAUGGCUGGAGAAGAGGAGUCUGAAGCAGUCAAAACUGAACUGAAGGAUGACUGCCAUGCGCUGAGGAAGGCCUUCGGACGACAAUAUGGCCCCUUACUUCCAUUCUUUCGGGAUGCCCUGGAGAAGUCCCUACUGGCGCGAGCUCCAGGAGCGAUGAGGGCUAUGGGAGGCGAUGUGUCUGGACCUUCCUUUACGGAGGGCUUAAGCAUUUUGAUCAUACAAGAAGCUGUCGAGAUCCUCUUUAGCCCGAAGGACAUGGAGGUCAUCCGACUGGACCUCGAACAGAGGUUCCAGACUGAAGGCUGUGCAAGAGCCGCUGCCGUUGAGGCUGCCUCCAAAGCCGAAGACCACGUCUCAGCCCUCCUCGCACGUGCGACACGAGACAAGACGGACAGCAACGCUGCUUUCUAUGCUGCCCGAAGCAAGUUUCGACACGUUGCGCCUGUGGACUUCAUCCUGGAAGAGAUCAUCCUCGUGUCCUAUGUGAAGUUUCCAACUGUUCACCCCUUUGUGGACUCCA